AUAAAGUCUCGCAACGAGAACAUUGAGAUUGUUGAGACAAGGCGGCGAGCCAUAGCCACAUGCCUUCACCAAACAGGAGAGGUGAUUUAUUUUGAUGAGUUGGGCUUUUUGAUACUAGACUACGAGUGGUUUUGUGGUGAGGUUCUUGCUCAGUUGAUAAAGCUUGAUGUAAGAAAGCAAAACACCGGGGAAAGAAAUGGAUUUGUUAGCAGGAAAGAGCUAGAGAAGAUGUUGAGAAGUAGUUUACAGAGUCCAAUUCCAGGGAUGACCUCAAAGGUACUUGAGCACUUUGAUGCGUGUGACCUUGUGAAGAUGAUGAAGAAAGUAGAACUUUGCUAUGAACAAGACCCUUCCAGUCCUGACACUUCAUUGUUAGUCCCAUCGAUUCUAGAAGAAGGCAGAGGAAAGACACAGAAAUGGCAGAUAAACACACAUGACUGUGUUUAUUCAGGCCGGCAUCUCCAGUGCGAUGAUUCAAGUCGCAUGUUUCUU